ACUCUUUGACAGAUCUACCACAUUGCACUUCAUAGAACAGAGCCAAUCACACUGACACAGACUACGAGGUGAACCUCCCAGCCCUCCUCCUCCCUUUCCCCUCCAUCCACCCCUCGGUAUCUCCCUCCCCUGCUCGCGGACGAGCCCCCCGUUACUCUCAAAAUACCAUGAGCUCACCUGGUCCGCCGGCAAAGUUGUCAAUGCCAGAACCCGGGUCAGACGACCCGGCUUUGUCAUCGCCUCCUCUGCUGACUAUGCCAGAAUGCGACUACAGAUGGGUUCAUGCAGGAGCCCAACACUUGGAUCUACUUCCAACACCCAUCACCACCGCUGCUACGUCCUACAAGGCAUUUCAACCUCAGGAAUCCGACCGUAUAGAGGCUGCAUGGCUCAAGUUCAGCCCCGAGGAACGGACCAAAGCUAUCUCUGACUGGGGAAGGAACGAAGGAGAAGGAUCGCCUGGCAAAGUUGAGGAAAAGGCAAAAGCAGUGGAGAAGGAAGCUGCAGAGCACAAGGAACGCAAACGGAGACAAUCCGUGGCGUCCUCAGUGGACGAGCACCAGGGCAUAGAGCAUGUGUACUCAGGGGAGGAACAGAGGGGUGCGAAGGAGAAGGAGGAUGAGAAGAGCUAUCAGGCGGUCAUGGCAAAGGCGCAAAAGGACUAUGAGGAUUUGGAGUUGAUCUCUGGUGUUCCCGUAUCGCAGGACUCGCUCUUCGAAGUUUCCUUGUCUACCUUGUCUCUACAUCCAGUCUUCUGGGCUCACUCUGGUCCUCGUGUGCCGGUCAUCCGAGGCUCAUGGUUCAUUACGGACGAGACCAAGCCUUGCUCCUGGGAGCUGGCAGAGGAGAUUGAGAAAGCCUAUCAAGAAAUCCAGCCGUGGCAGCCCUCCUACAGGGAUGAACUGGCGACGGCGAUAUCUAUCGGACAAUCCGCGGAAGACAAGCUGAAACGGAAUCUUCCGUCCCGGUUUGGGGCAGGUCUGUCCAUCAUGUUCGACGAUGCAGAACGGGGUCGUCUGCUCACGACCGGAGCCAUGACCUAUCUGUCCAGGACUUUCUGGUCCUCCUUGUCCAAGUCUUCUGGGACACAUAUCUACCGUGGGUAUGGACCCGCUGCAGCGGCCUCGGGCAAAGAGAAAUCUGGUCUAUCCUCCCGUCGUGGAUCGAGUAGCAGUCAAAAGUCGGGUAAAGAGGCCAUGAGAAGACCGCACUCCCGUGACGGAUCAGCUGGAAGCUUGAAGAAGGGAAUACUGGGCAAAGCAACCUCACCAGAAGCCAUUGUCAGCGCUGCGUCCAAGGGGAUCAUACAGGCUAGAGAAGCCUUGUCUCAUGAUAUGAGAGAGGCUACGGGGCAUCAUGAUCACGCAGUUGCAGCGGAAGAGGAGGCAGCACCAGUAGUCGGUAGCAACGACGAUGACCCACCUUGCACGGACCUCUUACUCGUCAUUCAUGGUAUCGGUCAGCAACUCGCGACGCAAUACGAAUCCUAUAACUUUGUCUACGCUGGUAAUCAACUGAGACAGUGCAUACGGAAGCAAGCUGCAAAUCCCGCUCUGGCGUCCAUCAUCCGAGAUAGGCGAUGUCAGGUCUUACCCGUACAGUGGCGUGCUUCCCUCAAUCUAGAUGAUGAGAAAACAGCCGAGGACAAGAAACAUGACAUGGACAAUAGGUUCACGAUGGCCGAUAUAACCAUCAACAAAUCGAUUCCUUAUGUUCGAGAGCUGACCAAUGCGGUCCUGCUUGAUAUCCCGCUCUUCAUGUCCCAUCACCGUCAAAAGAUGAUCGAGGCUGUAUGUCUGCAAGCAAACAAGCUGUUCCGUCUUUGGAUAGCUCGGAAUCCAGACUUUGAGGCGAAGGGAGGGAGGGUACAUAUCAUCGGUCAUUCGCUUGGCUCCGCACUCGCUGCCCAUAUCCUGUCCAACCAACCUACCAAAAUGCCGCCACUCGCACAGCUGCCCAAAGCGGUCAUCACCAAGACUCGUGAUAGAUUCCUGUUCAACACUAGCAACCUAUUCCUCUGUGGCAGUCCACUUGGUGUCUUUCUACACUUGGAUCAAGCGCAGUUGAUGCCUAGAAAAGGCAGAGAAAGGACCAUGCAUUCACCACAGGAUGAGGCACUUGAUCGGUCAGGAAAAUUCGGUUGCAUGGCCAUUGACAGCAUAUACAACGUAUUCUACUUUACCGAUCCGGUGGCUUAUAAGCUCAACGCGGCGGUCGAUAAUCGUUCUGCGCCUCAACGUCCGCCGUUAGCCAUCACUGCUGUCACUGCUGGUUUCUACGCCACUCUAGCUGAAGGACUGGGUACGAUCUCCCGGUUCUUACCUUGGGGCAGUAGUAACGGAGGAGGAUCAGGCGAGAAGAAAGUCCUGAGACCAGGGGCGAUCAGAUUACCCAGUGGGAUCGAAAUGUCUGGUCCUAGUGGAGAAGAAAAGCUGGAAGGAUCUCGAGGUGAAAGAAGGUUUUCAGCUUUGAACCCGCAUGGGAAUCUGGACUUUUACCUCCCUUCAGCAGGCGUCAGCGAGUACCUAGAUAUGAUAACUGCUCAUGCCUCGUAUUGGGCAGAUGGAUCAUUCGCUGCUUUCUUACUCGCCGAGACAUUUUCGACCCGUCUGGAUCUGAUGCGGACCGGCUUGGGUCUGGCCAGAGAUCAACUGCUCCCGGAGGGCACCGUGCUAUAGGUCUGAUGAUGGCUCAGGUAGCCGGAUAUCAGCAAAGACUUGAACUCACUUAACAAGCAUUGUAAUACAAGAGUGUAAUAUAACAUACCUUGCAUAAGACAUUAUUUCCAGAAGGACAAGCAUGAGGUAUACGGAAGGUAGAAGGAAUUGUACUGCAGCAUGCAUUUUCUCAGGGUCAAACGGAAGCCGAUGUGUAUUAUGUCU